AAAACUUAAUUAGGACAUUUGUAGAUUCAUAUACAGAGAGAGUGAUCAGAGAGGAGUCGGACUGCUUUGAUCCAGUUCUGUUUCCUGCAAUCGAACUCGAAUUGUUGCAGUAAAGCACGAAGAAGAUCAGAAUAAGAGAUCCGAUUCCAAUGGCGUCUCGGUACUGGGUGGUUGCUCUUCCCGUCCGGCAAACCUCUUCCGCCACUUCUCUCUGGAAUAGCCUUCAGGACUCCAUCUCCAAACACUCUUUCGACACUCCUCUCUACAGAUUCAACAUUCCGAAUCUCCGUAUUGGAACUUUGGAUUCGCUUCUUGCGCUCAGCGAUGAUCUUGUCAAGUCGAACAGCUUCAUUGAAGGGGUUUGUUCGAAGAUACGACGCCAGAUCGAGGAGUUGGAGAGGGCUUCUGGUGUGCUCAGUAGUUCCCUUACAGUGGAUGGGGUUCCAGUGGACUCUUAUCUCACCAGAUUUGUGUGGGAUGAGGCCAAAUAUCCAACAAUGUCCCCUCUCAGGGAGACAGUUGAUGGGGUUCACACCCAAGUUGCUAAGAUUGAGGAUGAUCUUAAGGUUCGGGUUGCUGAGUACAACAAUGUUCGUAGCCAACUUAAUGCCAUAAACCGUAAGCAGGCGGGAAGCUUAGCUGUACGUGAUCUGUCCAAUUUGGUGAAGCCUGAAGAUCUUGUUGUGUCAGAACACUUAACUACUCUGCUUGCUGUUGUUUCCAAAUUUUCACAGAGAGACUGGUUGGAAAGUUAUGAGACGCUCACUACCUAUGUUGUUCCCAGAUCCUCCAAGAAGCUGUAUGAGGACAAUGAAUAUUCUCUUUAUACUGUAACACUAUUCAGCCGUGAUGCUGAUAAUUUCAGGAAUAAGGCGCGUGAAAGAGGCUUCCAAAUUCGUGAUUUUGAGUAUAAUCCUGAAACACAAGAAAGUCGGAAGCAGGAGCUGGAAAGACUGAUGCAAGAUCAAGAAGCAUUCAAAACCUCCCUUUUGCAAUGGUGUUAUACCAGUUAUGGAGAGGUUUUCAGCUCCUGGAUGCACUUUACUGCUGUGCGUGUAUUUGCUGAGAGCAUUUUGAGAUAUGGCUUGCCGCCAUCGUUUUUGUCUGUUGUCUUGGCACCAUCAGUUAAAAGUGAGAAAAAAGUGCGUUCUAUUCUCGAGUCACUUUGUGACAGCUCAAACAGUACCUACUGGAAAACUGAGGAUGAAGGAGCAGUGGGUGUUUUUGGAGGCGAUACAGAUGCUCAUCCUUAUGUCUCGUUUUCCAUAAAUCUUGUUUGAGUUGAGGCAUUGAUUGAUUUCAUUUGGUGGUCUGAUAUAUUUGUUCUUUUUGUAGCCUUCUUCAAUAAAAUAGGAGUGUGAUGGUGAGAUUGUACUAUACAGAAAUUUCCUAAGUUAUAGUAAUUUGUUUGUUAAAUGCAGCAGUAGCAGCUGCUGCUUGAAUUGUAAUAAUAUUCUUUAUCCUCAUCUCCUCCUAUGAGGUCUUAUUUUCUUGAGUUUUAAAAUGUAUUAAGGUUAAAUUGUCCCAUUGUUUGGAGCUACAAAGUAUAAAUUAAAGGGAGUAUUAAAUACCA